AUGACAUUUAGCCGUUGUAUGGUGAAAGUUUGCGCUUCGGGCAAGCGAAAAGUGAAAGCGACAAAACCAAUGCCAGCUAAAUGGCGUCAAAUGGAUGAUCGUCAACGUGCUUUUAUACUUGCCCACAUGUCCAUACCACGAGAGAUUGUAAAAUGCUGUGGUCCGUGCUUCAAAAGGAUAUCUAAGAAGCUUGAUCUGUUGUUCGCGGGUGAACUCGACGAAGAGAUGGCUAAGUUCGAAAUGGAACUUCAGCAGACAUGGCAAUCCGCAGAGAUUUCUCGUCUACAAGAGCUCGUAUCCCAACUUGGCCACGACUGGAACAGCAUUUCGGAACAAAUGGAGGGAAGAACCGCCGAAGACUGCCGCAUCCAGUUCGAGUCGCUGAAUAAGAAAGAAGAGGAGGAGGAAGAAGACUACGAAGAAGAUGAGAAAGAGCGCCAUGACGAUGAUGUGCCAAUGGAAGAGGACACGCAGGACGUGCCCGAAACGACAGUCACAACUCAACCGAGUGAAGUUGACAUGGACGUAACAGAGGUGCCUACGACUUCCUCUGCCACCACCGUCAGCCAGCCUCAACCGGCAGAUAUUAAGCCAAAGGAAGAGACACUGAUUGCUGUGGAGCAGCCAUCGACCGCUUCUGGUCUAGUGAAAGGUUCCAUAACAGCUGGAACUCCUUUCCGUCCACCGUCUGUUUCCAUUAUUGAGCAGCAGCAAAGUGGAGCUCAGCUUGCCGCAGCCGCAGCUGCUGCAGUCGCUGCUUCAACUUCGAAUACACCACAACCAACGGUGAGUAUCAGACCAACUUUUUUGGAAAUACCAACUUACAUUCGAGUUUUUUUGGAAGUCUCUUGA